UGGGCCCGAGCUGCCAACUCAUUUAAAAAUGGGCGAAAUCGACAUGCUGCGAAGCAAUAAAAAAAGAAGAAAACAACCAACCAGCUAAUAUGUUUGAUAUAACGAGGCAGCAGCAGCAGCAGGCAGCGGCGUAAGAGACAAGAAUUAUAACUUAGUGUAGAGAAAGAAAAUUGGGUGCUCUGCCCACGUAACAAGAGAAAAAACGCUGUUGGACACAAAAAUUGCCACAAAAAUGAGCAAUAACAUAAACAUAAACAGCAGCAUGCUGAGGCCCAGCCUGGACUCCGAAGAGGAGGAGGAGGAUGACAUUGGACAAAUGAGCGACGGCAGCAGCAGCAGCUCGGGCGCCAGCAGCAAUCGGAGCAGCAGUAGUUCCAGUUCCUCCGCACCCGGUUCGCUGCCGGAGGAUGAUGUCGAUGUCGAGGACGAGGAUAUGUCCGAGCAGGAUGCACUCACGGAAUCCGAGACGGAGGACGAUACCACCACAUGCCAAUCGGAUGAACUGGAACUGGCGCAGCUAAGUAAACGCGACACCUUUCGCCUGCCGCGGGGUCUGUGCGAGAAUUCCACCAUCUUUCACGAGUUCUUCUCGAUGGAGACAUGGCAACUGCUGCCGCAGCAUGUCCAGGCGCGGCUGCAGUCCCAGCUGCCCGACUUCACGGGCCUGGUGUCUGCACAGCAGGCGGGGGCCGAGCAGCAGCGCACGCUCGUUCAGCUGUUCAACGGUGGCCUUCAGCGCUUUGGCCAGUCGCCGCUGCUGCAGUUGCAGCGGCAGUUGGAGGACGGCAACCUCCGGCCGGAUGUCCUUAAGCUGCGCCGCAGCAUCCAGCACUCUAGUCGCCGUGAAUUCCGCUUCCAGCAGGCCGAACGUCUCAGCCAAUUGGCCAAGGAGCUCUUCCUCUCCCGCGAGCACAUGCUCAAGCUGGCGUACACCUCGUCGCCGCCGGAUGAGGCGCCUGCUGCCUCUGCCUCCAAGUCGACGAUGCCACGCCCGCGCAAGCGUAAGCCCCCGGCGCUCGCGAUGGACAACAAGUUGUGCUCUCAACGGGCCAAGAAGCGGUAUGUCCAGGAGCUACUGGAGGUCAUGCAAGAGCUGAAGGUUCCAACGGGCGAGAUCAGUGCCGAGGAGGAGGACGAGGAGUGCGCGGAUCUAAUGCAGCGUCUGCCCAAAAUGGAAGCGGCGGAGCCCAAGCUGGAGACGACCACCGUGCGAUCCUCGAAUGCGGCGGACAAGAAAAGCAUUUACAAUACCUUCUUCAAGCGUCGCCCCGGUGUGGAUGAUGAGCAUAUCCUGCGCACCAUGCAGGCUGGCCGGAUACCGCAGUUGAAUGAUAAGAAUUUCAAAAAGUAUCUGCGCGACUACAAGCGACGGAAAGUGGAGCAACCAGAAAGUCCAGAAUUCGAUACAUCGGAGGUGCGCUUGAGGGAUAUCUGCACGCGGGCACAGUUUGUGGGCAGCUUCAAGCCCGGACGCAAGCCAAAGGCAUUGCUGGCCCGCCUCAAUCCCGAUCCACCCGCUCUGGUGCCCAUUGGUGUGAUCAAAAAUGAGCCCGAGGAGGAUACUUUCCUCAAAGAAGAACCACAGCAGCAGCAGCAGAAGCAGCAUCAUCAGCAGGAUCAUGUUUCCAAGGAGCCAAUGCCAAAGAAAAUGCCACAAAAAAUUGUGGCAGCUGCUGCUGCUGCUGCUGUUGCUCAUGUGCCCGCAUUGAUACCCAAGCUGGAACCGAUAAGUGUGCCUACGCCCGGCUCAACCUCAACCACAAUUUCCAAUCUUAAAACCAAUUCCCCAACCAAUCCUGCCCUAAAGGCGGCUGUCCACAUUGUUGGCAGUCCCCCCAACAGAGGGGCGGAAGUGGUUCGACCAGCGGCAUCGCCUCGCCCUGCCUGCUACUUCUCUCUGCUGCGAGAUUUGUUUGUUUCCACGCCGCAGCAUCGUCUGACCUACGGAGAGCUGCAGCUAUUGUUGGCCAACUGGCGGGAGAAACAUUCCGAUGCGGCCAUACCCACGGGCGAUGUGUUGCGCAUGCAGCAGCCCGAUUGGUCGCUGCUACUGCAGUCCGCAGUCAACUUUCUGGCUGCUGAUUUUGGCCCACUGCCGGCGGAAUAUGUGCCCUACAUAGAGCACAAAACCAUGCUGAAUAUCUACCAGUGGAUUGGCGCUGGCAGGGACUCCGAUGCACGAUUGUGCACCCUCUGCCAGUACUGGCUGAAGACCCAAAAGGAGGAGCAACAACCCACAGCGACGACGGUGCAUCUGAAUCCCUGCCCGGGUGCCAUGUUUAUUGCGACGACCAUGCCCGCGGAUGCCACACCAACGCUGACGCCGACACCGCCGCCACGUUGCCCCACCACCUGGACGGUGCGCACCGCCAGCCAGGCGGACAUGCUGGAGUUCCAGCGGCAGGAGAGGCUACGCUUCGAGCAUCCCCAUCAGCCGUUCACCUAUCGCCUGAAUGGCUACGAGAGUGUGGUGGGUCCCGUCAAGGGCAUCUACACCCAGAGUUUGGCGCUGAACAAGGCUCGCGGACAUGCCGUAAUGGUGGACGAUCGACCGCCGUUUGUGACCAUUCUGACGCUGGUGCGCGAUGCCACCGCCCGGCUACCGAAUGGCGAGGGCACUCGUUCGGAAAUCUCAGAGCUGCUGAAGUGCUCGCAGUAUGUCAAUCAUCAGGCGGCGGAGAAUGUGCUGCAGACGAUUGUCAGUGGAGCACUGGAUCGCAUGCAUGGCGGCAUCGAUCCGUGCGUGAAGUACGAUGCCAAGCGCAAGAUCUGGAUAUACUUGCAUCGCAAUCGCAGCGAGGAGGAGUUCGAGCGGAUGCACAAGCAUAAUCUGUCGCUGGUGAAGCAGAAACAGCAGCAAAGGAAGCAGCUCGCGAAGCCAAAGAAGGAGGAUGGCGAUAGCUCCACUGAUUUGCAUGAUAUGCCAGCAUUGGUGCCCUCUGUGGGUAAUCCUCCUGUCUCUGCGGCACCUGGAACUCUGCUGCAAGUGAAGAAAACCUCUCCGCUGCCUGUCAAGUGCCCCCCAGUGCCGCCUCUCAAGUACAAUAUACCACCUGCCAACAACAACAACAACGCAACACCACAGGGUGUAGGAAAUGCACUCUCGCCCAACACUGCUAAUUCCUCGCCCAACUCCUUGCAAAAAAUGCAGAAAUCCCUGCUCAAGCCCGUGCCCAUGGGUGCAGUGCAUCUCCCAAUGGCUGUGGGUAGCCCAAAGACGGUCAAUUUUGCUAUAUCGAAGAUCAGUCCACAAAGGAAUACCACACCCAUACUGGUAUCGACGCCCACGGGCAUGCAGACGGUACAUGUGGCCACCACGCCAGGGGGAUCAUCCCCAACGAUUGCUAUUAACAAAAAGCUGACGAUCAAAAAGCCACCGACAACCAGCAAAAUGGCCAACUUUAUCAAAUCCCUGGACCAACAGCAGCAGCAGCACUCGCCACAGCAGCAGCAGCAACAUCCGCAAGUGGUGGGCAAGCCCAAGGCUAUGACAAUUAGUCCACGCCCGCAGAUGCCCAAGAAUAUAAUACGAUUGCUGCCUGCGGGUGCGGCAGCCACGGGACACACAAAGCCCACGCAAGUGCAGAUACUGGGACCCCGUGUAGUGCCCCAAUCGACAGUGCGUCCGGUGCAGCAAAAGAUUGGCGCCGUCUCUAUUAUAUCAAAUAAAUCAAUAGAAACCAGCACAGCUUCCCCCAUAACCAUUGCCACGAGCAGUGGCUCAGUCGUGAGUGCCGUCGGUGGAGCAGGAGCAGGUGGAACCAUUGUGAAGAUGUCCCCACAGGCCUUUGCAACUUUGCAGCAGCAGCAACUGAAGCAGAAGGCAAUGGGCGGCACAGCAAAGAUUGCCUCGCCAGUGCAGAGUACGCCACAGCAAAGGAUAUUAGUGGGUAACACAGCCAUUUCGUCGAACAAAAAGAUUGUUUUCCAAGCACUGGCCAAGACAACACCCAAAAUACUCACCACAACGGCCAGCGGCAGUGGAACGGCGGCUGUCAAGGGUAAUCUGUCGUCGCCACAGCAAAGGAUUGUGCUGCAGAAUUUUAAGCAAGCAGCGGCCGGAGGAGGUGGCGUCACAACGGUGGUCAGCGCCACAAAUGCCACGCGUGUGAUACGCACCACAAGCACGCCCGUAAGCACAGCAGCAGGAGCAGCGAAUGCCACUCAGGGUGGUCACAUCAUCACGCUGGAUAGUCUGCUGCAAAAGCAGCAGCAGCAGCAGCACACUGGAGGCAAACUGCUCACGGCUGGCAGCAACAUCAUUCAGUUGGCAACUUCCUCGGCGGGCAAUGUCAUCACGCUGACGCCCAAUCAAAGCCAAACAACGCAGCCCAUUCAAGUGCAGGCCAAGCACCUGCCCACGAUGGCGCGCAUUGUGAGUGCAACGGGUGCAGGAGGAGGAACGACAAUGGUGCCCAAGAUCAUUGGCAAGACGACAGUGCUGCCGGGUAAGCCACUGCUGCUGCAUGCCAAGGCAAUCAAGCAGCUGGGAGGCGGUAGUGUCGUGACCACCCAACCCACAGCGACCACCACAACAGCGGGAACAAAUGCCGUGCGUACGACACAGAGCAUUGUGAUUGGCGGGCAGACGGUGAAGAUUCAAGGAGCGAUUCCCGCACGCUCGGGCGGCGCACCCAUACAGACCGUGAUCAUGGGCAAUCAAUUGUUGCGAUUGGCGCCCAGUACCAGCGGCAGCAGCAUCAACAGCAUCAACAGCAACCACCUCACCACAGUGGCGUCCAGUGGCAUCGCAACAGCACCAAAGACCCUGCUGAUUGGUGCUGGCGGCACACAGACCCUGCGUCUGGCCAAAAAUGUCUUGUUGGCCAACAAGCAAGGCACUUCGAAUAGCACGGUGAGCGGCAAUGCCACAGGAACAGUCACUGGAGGCGCAACGGCUGGCAAUAAUCUCAUGUUUGCUGUACAGGGCAAUGGCGGACAGUUGUUCUUCUCGCAGGGUUUGCAGGGAAUGAACCUCAAGCCGUUGUCCAACAUGAAGGUGAUACCCAUGGUGACGGCCGCUGGAGCUGCUGCUGCUGCAGGUGGCAAGAUAACUGUGACAACGACGGCCGGGGGAGAGGCUAAGAAACUAGUGCCGGGAACAGUGCUGAAGGCAGCGGCCAGUGGGAAUGGUAAUUAGCAGCAGGAGGAUUAGGAGUGCAGUCCCAGUGGCAGAGGCUUGUUAAUCACAUUGUUUACCUUCACUUUGGGUUACAUAUUUUCUUUGAUUUACUCUUAACACAUCGUGUAAUUUAUAAUUUUAAUAUUUAGGCAAACAGUUUUUGCAAAUAAUUAAUGCUUAGCGCGUCCUCUCGCGAGUUGAUACACACACACACACAUAGAAACCCCCAAUAAAACUCAAACUGAAUC